GCCGCGGCUCCGAUGGGCGAGCAGGGAGCCGGGCACCCCGGGCACCCCGGGGCGCAGGCAGCACUGGAUGAGAUCUGCAACAAAAUUUCAGAUCUGAACAAAUGGAGGGAAAUCUUUCAUUUCCGUGGUUUGGAAAUCAGUACUACUACUCAUCAGGGCGGCCAGCCGCUCUCGCUGGGCAUGGCGACGGCGCUGCGGAAGGUGCUGUUCGGGGACGCGUCCCGCGUCUUCAGCCGUGACUGGGCACAAGCGCACUUCAGGUUUCGCGAGCCACACUCCGACCUGGCCUGCGCUCUGGAGGCAGACAAGGGGGGAACAAGAGCCAUUCAGAUGGCUGUACAAGGGAACAUCAUUAAAUAUCUGCUCUUCGUAAGAAACACAGAAUAUACUCACCUGGAAAGAUUGUGCAAAAUAAGCCAAAAGGAGCAAGGAGAGGCCCUGGCUGCAGCCCUGGCAGACAGCCUCUGGGCAGCAGGAGAAGGUCGGGAAGCCACCGUCUGCCUUAUCUCAGCAGCCACCCACUUCAUCCCUACCGCAGACUACAAAGCAGACAACUUCACUGAACAGAUUCAGCUGUUUAACUUUUUUGAGAAAGCAGCAGCUCAGAAAUUUAUCUUCGACCACAUCAAUUGUUUCAAAAGCGAAGGAAGUAAGGGACUGAUCCUGUUUUUAUACAGUUUAAUUUUCUCUAGGACACUGGAAAGGGUCCAGACAGAUUUGGGUGGCACGACAGCUCAUCUGUUAGAAUUCAGUUGUGGAAAUGUCAUCUGCACACAGGUCGGAAGCGUGCUGAAAACCCCUAAAUUUCCAAUCUGGCUGUGCAGCAUCAACGGGAUGCACAGCGUCCUCUUCAGCACCAACAGGCUGCUCUUGUCCGACUGGAAGAUGGAGCACGUUUUUCAUCUGUACUUCUACAACGGGCAGCGAGGGCAGAUGAGAACAGCCCACCUCACAGUGGACACUCACUCGCAUCACUGGGAAGAGGGCCGCUGUGCAGGCACAAGCAGCCCAGGGAAGAGGUCUCCGUCUCUGGAGAUGGCGAUCAGGACCAGGUGGCCAGGCGCGGCUGUCAGCUGGAACGGGACGGACCCCUUCUUCUGAGGCGUGCCGGCGUCUCCCCCUCCUGCCACAGAGCACUGCGGUCUGGAGGGGAAAGGGCACUGCCACCGGCAAAACCACCCGCGGGUGCCGAGCGGACGCCCUGCUCGGCGGGGCAUCACACCUGCUCUGAAAGCCUGCACCAGUGGCGAGCAAUCACUGGCGACGACACCGCCUUGCACACGAUUUCUGGGUGGCGGGAUGCAGUCUGCUUCUCACUGAAGUUGGCAGAGGAAAGAAAAGAGCAUGGCAACAUGAUUUCCUUCCAGGCAGAGAUGUUAAAAAAAAAAUAAAAAUAAAAAAUGGAAGUGCUGUGAAUGUGCUGAACACAGUGAA